AUGGAGGUCCUGAUUCGUCGAGCGGAUCUAGACGCCAAGGCCGUGGGUGCAGAUCCGGAGCAGCAGCUACCGCCGUUGGUAUUUAUCCAUGGCAGUUACCACGCCGCGUGGUGCUGGGCUGAUAAGUGGAUGCCGUAUCUGUCGGCGCUGGGAUUCGACUGCUUCGCCAUAAGCAUCCUCGGUCAGGGUGGAAGCGACGUCCCGAACGCGCCUGUGGCUGGGACCGUUCAGUCCCAUGCUGCUGACGUGUCAAACGUUAUCCGCCAGCUCGUUGGCCGGCCGCCGGUCCUAGUUGGACACUCGUUCGGCGGGCUGAUUGUGCAGGCGUAUCUUGCUGACGUGGCAAAUAACUGGGAGAGCAGCAAGGAUGACGGAGUCCCCUUCGCCCCUCUAACGGGGGCUGUGCUCGCCUGCUCUGUGCCGCCCACUGGCAACAUGGAGCUAGUGAAGCGCUACAUGCGCACGCGCCCCAUCCUGUCCAUCAAGAUCACGCUCAGCCUGGCAGCCAAGCUCUUCCGCUCCUCGCUCUCCCUCUGCCGCGACUCCUUCUUCUCCCCCGCCCUCCCCGAAGCUGAAGUCAAGCGCUACCAGGCUCUCCUCUCCGACAGCAGCAAGCUGCCGCUGUUCGAUCUCAGGCUGCUCAACGCCUCCCUCCCCGUGGCCAUGCCGCCGGCCUACUGCCCGCCUGUCAUGGUGCUGGGCGCUGCUGAUGACGUCAUCGUGGUCGACCAGGGUGUGAGGGAGACAGCAAAGCCCUCUUCUGUGCCCAGCCCACUCCUAUUCUUCUCCAUCCCCCCAUCCCUGCACCCCACCAUCCCCCCACCCCGCCAUCUCACCCCCAAAAACCAGGACGACCUGUGCGACGACCAGGGCGUGAAGGAAACAGCGGAGUUCUUCAGCACAGAGGCAGUGGUGCUGCCAGGCAUGCCGCAUGACAUCAUGCUUGACCUGGGAUGGAAGGAUGCUGCCGAUUCCAUGCUCCAGUGGCUCGCCAACCACGGAGCCAUCCCCAAGCAAUAA